CCGCGACGCGAAAGGUCAAGGAGUUGAGCGGAAGCUCGCGAGACGUUAGUCUUCGCGGCCUUCGAAAUUUACUCCAAUAAUGGGCGAUUGUGUAGUAGCAGAAGGGAUCGAUAGCUCGAAUUAUUAAUCGCUGUCGAGCCAACAGCAGUUUAUUCUCAGGGAAAGCAUAAUGCUUUCGAUGCGCCCGAGACACGCUGCGUUAAAUAAUAGAACGAAUUUUUACGUACGCGUCGCCACCAUCACAUUCAAGCUUAUAUCGAUAAUUGCGAUUAUAUUUGGAAAAUCCCGCGUCCCGAAACUAUCAUCAGCGACGGCGACGGUGGCGGCGGCGGCGGCUUAUGGCAGCUUCGGAGAUGGAGACAUUAGGACACGCGCAUUAUUCACCAACUUUCCCCUCACAAAGUUCGCGCGCCGGGAAACCGGAAGUGCCGGUUACGUACGACCCACAUAAUUAAGCGGUCGCUAUAAUUGAAUCGCGCGCAGUAUGCUCUCGGCGAGUCCUCGUUAGAACAGUCUUAUUAGGUGUUCCGAUAUUGAGGGGCCGUGGCGCAGCGAUACUGAACGCUUCUUAAGUUUCGAGAGUUUCGAGAGCACUUGGACCACGGUUCGGUUCCGCUGGAGAACUUAUCGAGGGGCGGGAGGCACGGAGGGAGGGAGAGAGAGAGAGAGAGGAGGGCCCGUCAUCAAUUAAAUCUGCGCGGUAAUUGCAAAGGAGGGAGGAAAACACGGUGGCGCGCGGGUCCACGAACUUCGCCAGAACUUUGCACCCCUUUUUGCUUCGGCGCAUGGGGCGUCCGCCGCACAUUGCUCCGCGCAAAAUCAGCGUUUCAUCGUAAUCGAAUCGCCAUGACGGAACAAGCGCGCCGAGCUUUCGUACAUAAUACGCAAUAACAAGUAAAUGCAGACUCGUGGCACACGUACAUACGAGUAGACACGUUGAAAAGUUCAGGGCAAGAGUGUCACACCUGAAGGUGUCUCUUUGUGCACCGUUGACCCCGUGCGCUUCGCGCGUGCGCGAAAAUCGAUUGUUCUCGCGUCCAGACGCACUCUCGCUUCUCCGUGAUGUUUCGACGUAGCGUGCGCGCAAAAAUUCUCAAGUAACCGUAACCGGCGGAGUACUCGCAGAAGAGAUGCGACAUUUCGUCGAGCCCCACCACGUUGUUGUAUUAUGACACAUUUAAUAUCGCCCCGGGAAAAUUGAAGGAGCAGCAAUGAGCGACCGAUACUUGGACGAUUGCCUGCCAGUGAUCGCGAUCGACAUCGCCGUCGAGGAGAAGACCAGAGUCGCCGAGAUGGCCGCGACGACCUUGCACAAGCUGCACAACGUGAUACGGCAGAUAAAGAACUGGCGGGACGACAGCGCGAAACUCAAGAGCAAUAUCUGGCGGAUGAAAAUGGCCCUUCGUGCGGAUGACAAGAAUGGAAACGAUAACCAGGAGAUCGACCCUUUGAUCAUGCAUCAGAGAACGGAGAUUAGUCGGCUGGAGCAGGCAAACGACGCUUUGGGGAACGAAGUAGCGAGUCUGAAGAGCGCUCUGACGCGAGCCGAGGAGGAUAUCGUGCGUAUCACCGGCCACAGGGCGGGAGAUGAAAGGGCAGAGGACGGAUUCUCGAGCGACAAGAAGAGAGAGCAACGUUCGAAUGAGACUGUGUGCCGGAAGCAGCACCCGCAGGAAGAGGCCGUAGAGAGCCAUGAAACGCGCGUAGUGCUAAGACAACUCGGCGACAGACUGGAGGAGUUCGCGAGAGGCGAUCGCGUGUUCGAGGUGAUGCUCGUGAACGCGAUCGGCAAAGUCGUCGAAACGGUGGUCCACCUGUCGGAGGAGCUGGUGAACGUCAACGAGGACCUGCACCGGUUCAAGACGAAAAACAGAAACCUACAUCGCAAGCUGGAUCGACUGAAAGCCAUGCUGCGAUCACGAUGCGGCAAUAGCGCUGAAUAUCGGAAGAGGAUCGGCGAAUUGAACAAGCUCGCGGAGCAAUUGGCGGGGCAGAUGGAUCGAUUAAGUGUCAUCCGCGAGAACGCCACUUGCGAGGGAAGUUCGAACGCCGCGGACGUCCUGGAAGUAGUCACACACGUUGGGCGGCUGAUGAACGACUUGAAGGACAAUCUGAAGAGCGAGCGCGAGGCGAUGAUCGCCGCCGGCGAUCCGGAUCGCUUGAGAUACAUGAAGAAGGUGGUCGACCUCAAGGUGAGUCUGAGAGUGUUGGCUGCGGAACUCAGGCGAUCGAAUUCGUCGUCGUUAUCGUCGAUGCACAAGCGAUCCCUUGGGGACGAGAGGUGCACGAGAACGACUUCGUUGUUGGACGAUCUCUUGAAGGAGAUCGACAUCGAGAUCGGCAAACUGAAGAUAACGUCGAUGGACAAGUAUUACAGGAUCGGCGGAGUCAGCGGCUCGCGAUACACGACGAAAGUCGCGGAACUCGAGGACGCGGUCAGGAAUUCGACCACGGUGAUCGCCGCGUUGCGGCGACGCGGUGGAGCCACGAAUGUCGAUGGGAAGGCGACACAGGAACUCGGCGACUCGAUCGAGCGACUGUGCCGCGAAAUGAAGGAGCUCGAGGUCUUCGACGAUCGCGCGAGCUUGCGCGAGCGAAUCGGCCGCCUCGAGGUCUCGAUCGUGCGUUUGAGGCUGCAACUAGCGGAGAAGAACGAUCGCGUGAGUGCGCUGAGCGACGAGUGUGCGAGCCUUAGAUCAACGUUGGAGAACGAGCGCAACAAGCAUGAAGAGAUCGCGGUCAACGUACGCCGCGAAAACGAGCGCCUUCGCGAGGACACGAACAGGUGGCGGCAAGAGAUAGCGGAGCUGUCGCGCGAACGCGUGCACCUGGAGCAACGCGUCGUGGAGAUGCGACCGAUGACGGUUGAAAUUGACGCACUGCGGAAAGAACUGCAGGAGCUGCGCGAUGACAAAGAGACGCUAUCAGGGGAGCUCGAGAGGAUGUGCAAUGACUUCCGCGAGCGAGACAAAGAAAUUGCGAGUAUUAUCGCCGGGCGGGAUUUGCUGAAGGCGGACCUCGGAGCCGAGGUAAAGGAGCUGAAGAUGAAACUCGGAAUGGCCUCCGACGAAAAUGUAAAACUCAAAAGUAUAAUUGGCGGACUUGGGAAGCGGUGGCGACGGCGGGAGCGCCAGCGACUGGACAAAUUGAAAAGUUCGGUGAGCAAAAGCGACGACGGGCGAUGGUGGCGGCGGCGGCGGGACAAUGGCGAGGGUUCGCGGGAGGACCCAAAGCUCAGGGACGAAUUCGAGCGCUUAAAAGCCGAAUCCAAUGAGUCUAAAAUAAGCUCGAACGAGGCGAACGGGCGAGCCGACCGAUUGAAGCGCGCGCUGGACGAGGCGCUCGGUGACAGGGCGAAGCUGCAGACUGAAGUUUCCGAUUUGAAGUCUAACGAGGAGUCGUUGACGUAUCGAUUGAACGCCCGGACGAGCGCCGGCGAGGAGGCGGCGAGAGAGUGCGAGAGGGUGACGGAGGUGAACAAAGCGUUAGAGAGCGAAGUCAAACACCUUCGAAACGAGAAAGAACAACUCGGCACGGAGUUGUCGGAGUUAAGGGCCGAGAAAGGAUUGCUGGCGAGGUCGACGGACGAUGCCAAUAACAAGUGCGCCGUGUUGCAGGAUCAAGUUAACAAAUUUCGGGAGGAACGCGAGGCCGCCAUGGAAAAUCUGAAGUUCGAGCUGGAGAGGGCGCGGACGGAGCUCGAAGACGCAGCUGUCAAAGUGGCGCGCCUCAAAGCGGAGAACACGAGGCUCGCCAGCGACCUGGACGCUCUGUCCGCGGCGCAGAACGCAGAGACAGACGAACGCGUGCGAGUGUUGUUGGCAGGAAAGAACGAGCUGACGACGCGUAUUAACGAGCUCGGCGAUGAGAAUGCCAGCCUGCGAGAUCGGUUGAAUAAGGCGAGAACGGAGAAUGAAUAUUUUUCCAUGGAAUUGAAUAAAUCAAGAGUCGAAAGUGACAAAGUGGCGGCGAAAAACGCCCUGCUGCAGGUCACCUGCGACAUAAGGGCGAGCGAGAACGAGGCGCUGAGGAGGGAACGGGACCAAGCGAGGCGACGACUUAAUGAAACCGACGGUACCUUCGACGAUCGACGGAAAAUCCGGCGGGCCGAGGCGCCCCGGACCGCCGCCACGUUGCGCCGUGAAAGUAACGAUCGCGUGAGUCACUCGAGGAGAAUCGAUACGCGAUAUCCGCUUACGAAGGGCCACGGAUUCGCGGACGCUUAUAACAAGGUACGAAGGCACAAGCAGGAUUGUUCGAAUGCCGCGCGAACGGGCAUAAAGGUCGAAAUUGGCGAACAGAAGGAUGACGAAACGGCAUUCAAAGCAGAAUCUGAUACAUGCGCGAGCCCUGAUAACAAAGCGAAGAUCAAAGACGAGCCAAAGGGCGGACUGAAGAGGUCGAGAAUCGAGAAUAAGGCUUUGAAAUCGGAACAGGCGAAUUUGGGGCCCGAGAACGUCGAGGUUGCGAUGGAAUUGGCGUGCGCCGCGGACGAAUCCGAAAGUCCAAUAUUACUGGCCACGGGAGAGCUCCGCGACGGCGAGGGAAUCAUCGACUUCGUUUCCAAGAGACGCGAUCUCGCGAAUAUCUGCUACACGCGACGGAUAAGUAAUUACGCCAAUCAUUCUGGCAACUUCCAGACGCUCAGGGAUAAGGGGAGGCUUCAGGUGUCCGAUAUCGAUCAGCUCCAAGUCGAGAGUAGGGCGCUGAAGAUGGAAGUAGACACUCUGCGUGGCGAUCUCGACUUCAGCUUAACCGACUGCGGGAGAAGCAACUUGGCGAUGGCGGAGAUCCGCGCUUUGAAAUCGGAGUUGAUGAGUCUGAGGAACGAGAGAGCGACCUUGAGGUUGCGUCUCGAGGCGUUCGAGGAAGAAUCCGACGAGCUGAAGUCCGAGAGGACAGCUUUGAAGGACGAGCUCGUCGCCUCGAGGAAAUCGAACUUCGAUCUUAGGCUCAAAGUGAACGAUCUGCGAAGCGCCGUUGAAAAACUGAAGGGGACCAACGCGAAAUUAGAGGAUGGUCUGCGACACGCGUUGAAGGAAACGAGCGAGCACAACGUUACGUCCCACAACAGCUCGGCAGAUAUUUUCCAAAGCAUCGCGGAGGAGAAUUCACUGGCGAUCGCGGAGCGACUGAGUCGACUCGAGUACGAUCCCGCUAACAAUUCUAGACUGGAAACUAUUAAAGGGGAUUUGCAACAUGUAAAGACACAAAAAUAGAUAGCCGAGAUACGCGAGAACGCGCGAGUUGAUAAGGUGUACACGCAUUGCAGCUUGUCGAAUUGUAUUCUAAUCAUAUCUGCCUUAUUAACAUUUUAAGUACUGAUGUCACCACAUUAGCGUCACUGUAACUGCAUUUCAAUGUCUCGAGAAGAUAGUUUGAUUACUUGCUUCUCAAAAUGGCGUAUUUAUGUGGUGAAGAAGACUCGUGUCGACGAAAUGCAAGUGUCAGGCAAAACGUGCUCCAAGUUACUGUCUUUAUCAUCUUGUUCUAUGAUUAUAAUAAACUUUAGUGCUUGAAGUUUUUAUUAUUAUAAGCGCUGUAAUAAGAGUUAGUUUACAAUCACAAUAGCAACUUAUUAAACGUAAAAUACAAGUGUUAAAGUUUGUAUUCUUUUUUAGAAGAGCGAAACCCAUAAAUAAAUUGCUUUAUAACCUCACAAUAUAAUAAUAACACAAUAUAAGGAAUUACUGUGAUUGAUUCCGCCAUUUUGAGGAAGCUGCAAGUUGAACCAAUGAGAAAAGUUCCGAAGAAUGACUAAACUCUAGAGACACUAACUGGUAGCAAUACAUAUAUAUUGUUUGCAUCAGAGAUGCAAACGGCCUGUUAUAUUUUUUUUAAAUUCUUUGAUUAGUAUAAAAUAAACAUACAAAUAUUUUAGUGUUGGCUCCUUGCUGUUUAAUUUAGUACUAACUGUUCUCAUAAAUUUUGUUCCUUACGGCAUUUAUCGCUAUUUUUUUUACAUACACAAUAAAAAUCAUCUCUUGUCGGUUCUUCAUAAAAAGAGCCGACCCUUGAUGAAAGUUACUCGCGCAACUAUCCGGCUAUACGUAUAAUGUUAACAGAGGAUCACUCUCAUAAAUCUUGAUCGAGAAAACAAUCGGAAGACUCGUGUAAAGAACAGUUUGUCGUGUUCUCGAAUAGCCCGCAAAUACAUUCUUAUUACUUUGAACACGCUUUAUCCGGCCCCUUCGCUGGCCGGGAGUUUGCAUAAACGGCAAUUCUUCUAAAAUUCAUGAAGGCAACUCGUAUCCUCUUAGACGAACGCCAAGAAUUGUUUUAAGGGGAACCGACAAAACCUCCUGGAAGCGCGCAGCUACUUCAUCUUCAGCUUUUAGGAUCGACGAGCAGUUAAAG